CCGUGGGCGGUGAAAAGUUUUGUUUAUCAAUAUUUGCCCUUGCAUUAAUGUAAAAUAUAUUUCCUUACCUACUUCCCAAAAUCAGCAAUAUCUACGACAAACAUUCAUAUCACACCAAAUGUAACUCUUUGCGGUCGAAUCCAAAUUUUACUAAAAUUAACAAAUUAAUUUAUUUUACAGCAAUGGAGCAAUCACCCCCCAAACGUGUUACCCGCGCGCGAGCUGCCGCAAAGUCAACGAAAGACACUGUUAUUAAAACAGCUAGAAUCGCACCUACCGCAUCGAAAUCAGCAAACAUUAGCCGUGGUACGACUAGUACGAAGAGAAAGACCAGAGCAGAUGAUGAUGAGGAGGAGCAAAACGAAGAAUUGGCAGAGGAGACCAAGCCAGAACCAAAAUCUACUCGUGGACGACCGAGGAAAGCUGCACAAUUGGAAACGGAGGUAGAGGAAACCAUGGCUCCUGCGAAAGUCACUCGAGGUCGGCCAAAGAAAACUACAGUUGAAGCGCUAGUACCUCAAGCCGCCAGAUCCUUGAGAGGACGAACGAAGAAGGAUGAGGUUGAGUCUCAAGCGGAAUCAGAACCAACCGUGACUGAAGAGCCUGCAAAGAAAGUCACCCGCACCCGAGCUCCUUCUGCUACAAUUUCGCGCGCAAUGGGACCAAAGAAGAGAGUCAAAUUUGAAGAACCAGAUAAGGAGAAUAUUUUACCACCAACCAGAGCAAAGCCCAAGGCUGCAGAAACAGCUACUGGACUACGAGCGAAACCGGUUCGAAAGCUUGCAUCAUCUGCAACAGCUUCAACUCGUGCAACUCGUGCUAGAGCCAAGCCUGGCCAGGACGAGAAGGUAGAGAAACCAUUACCGUUAAGCCCGAAGAAAGCGACACAAGUUAAUGCGAACAAGGGACAAUCGUCUGAGGAUGAAUUAUCAACAACAGUGAAGACUCCAAUGAAAUCAUUGAUGAAAAGUCCUGUCAAACCGCCUGGAAGUAUUUUCGAUACUGCGAAAAAGAUCGACUUCUCGACAUCCCUUGCAGCACAAAAGCCUAUCGAAGGUGGCAAAUUGGAUUUCCAAGCGUCUACUAUGAUGAGUCCAGCUCGUCGACCACCUCAAACUGCAGAGAAGAAACUGGAUAUCGCUACAUCUUUUGCUGACAAGCCUUCAAUGGAACCUACCCAGAUCUUCAAUGCAUCAACAAUGACAAGCCCUGCUCGACGCCCACCACAAUCAUCGCCUUUCAAAGAGACAUUGAAAUUAAAUGCACAAAGAUUCGAAUUCGGACACAGCAUGCGAUCACCUUUUAAGCCCAAUUUAUUUGCACCAGAACCUUCAACAACAGCAUCUCCUCUGAAAACUUCACUUCUUCAAUCACCGGCUAGAAGACCACAAUCACCCACCAAAGUUGAUGAAGCAGGCUCACCAACCAGAAAUAAUCAAAGUGCCUCAAUAUUCGCUGCUACCCCAAAAGUCAGCACUUUUAAGAUCUCGAGAUUUGAAACUCCAAGGACUUUAAUGAAGAGCGCAAUUCGUCCUGGGCCCAUGUUUCCCCCGAUUCCAUCAAGUGCCGUGAAGAACAAUGUCUCGAAUGGUAGUCCAUUGCCAAAGGAGACAAAAUCUUUGGCGACGCCCGUCCUAGAGUUUUCUGGUCGACUUUCAUCCAUCUUACCUCGUUCUGCUGACCCGGCUUUCUCGUCAGCUGUUGGACUUCCUCCUCAAAUAGAUGAGCCUGUAGGACCUGUCGCGGCUGAUAUUCAAGAACAAUUUGAUGGAUUGAUGACUGUGGACAACACAGAUGAAGUAGUCGAUACAAUCGAAGCUCAAAGUACCACUCCACCAUGUUCACCUCCUACGCACAUUGGUAGUUCAUUCCAACUCAGGGAAGAGAAAAAUUCAAUUGACGACUCAGACUCAGAAGAUGAGCUUGCUUCUGUGGCUAAAGAAUAUUCACCCACUCCGCUUGCCGAUUUUCCGUUCACUACCAACAAUUUUGCAUCUCCAGCGACACCUGCCAAGUUUGAUAGUACAAAUAAAACUCCCAAGAUGGCAACGGUUCAAUCAUCAGCUCGAUACUCACGCAGAUUCAACCAGGAGAAGAUUGGUUUCACUCCUUUGGCGAAACAGCUAAGUGAUUGGAUGGCCGCGAGCUCUGAGGAAUCUAGUGAAUGCGAUGACGACCUUGAUAGACCUAUCUCACCCACGCGAAAGCCAGCGGAAAAGGAAUUGCAUGUCGAUAUGGGCAAGACUGCGGAAUCUCCUGCUGUGGCAUCUCCUGCUGUGGCAUCUCCUGCUGUUGCUUCACCAGCCAAAAGUAGUUAUUUCGAGGAUGAAAUGAAAAUUCGAGACGAGCUCAACAUGGCAGAAAACGAUUCUACUUCUUCCGAUGAGGUUGAGGCCGAGAACAGUGAGCCAGAGUUCAACGAUAUGGAAUUACUUGAGGAAGAUAUCGACCUUGCAGAAGAAGCGGAUGAGUUAUCGAUGUUGGACCCUGAAGCUUUUGAAGCUAAUGACGAGGAAAAUGAAGAAAGCCAAGAAGAGAAUGUCGAAGAGAGCCAAGACGAAAGCAGUAAAGAGGGAGAAUAUGAAGCAACCAUCAUAAAUAACAACUUCCAAGAGCAUGUGGUUGUGCCAGAGCCCACUCCUUCAGAGCCUAGUCAGGAAUAUGGAGAUGAGAAUGAAGUGCCAAUUGAUCCUGCACUAUUAGCCUAUACACCUCAAUCACCAGCCACGCCAAUCUUCACAACCCCCAAACGUGUUUUGACGGAAAGGACAUUCCAUACCGUUGCAAAAGUGCCGCUUAAAGAUGCUCAUGAAACUCCAAUGCGUCCAUUGCAAGAAAAGAGAAGCGCCAGUAUCUCUAAGCUUUCAUUCGCACGACCAUCUAGCCCGUUAUCUCGCAAUAAUACUGUCACUCCAUACUCACCAUCCAAGAGUACACCGAAAUCAAAAAAGAGUCAGAAAUUCACUGAGAGUGCAGGCAGCCAAGAAUUCACUACUCCUACUAAGUCCGAAACUGUAACGUGGUUUACAAACGCCACGCCAGCUCGUACACCACAUCCUGAUCUAAGUGCAGCACUUUUGAAGGGAGCUGUAGUCUUCGUUGAUGUACACACCACUGAAGGUGCUGAUGCUAGUGGUCUAUUCACCGAAUUGCUUACACAAAUGGGAGCGAAAUGUGUUAAGACUUGGUCGUGGAAUCCAAACAGUGAUGAUGGAAGCAAAAUUGGAAUUACCCAUAUUGUCUUCAAAGAUGGUGGAAAAAGGACUCUCGAGAAAGCCAGGCAAACUGGAGGAGUUGUUUCUUGUGUUGGUGUUGGAUGGGUUUUAGAGUGAGUUUUCGCGAGAGAUAUGUUCUAGGAUAAUCUGCUAAUAAUGCCAAUAGCUGUGAACGAGAAAACCAAUGGCUUGAUGAAGCUGCUUAUGCAGUCGAUACAUCCAUGGUUCCGCGAGGUGGUGCACGUCGUCGUAAGAGUAUGGAGCCUCGUGCACUUGCUAAUUUCAAUGGUACCCUUGUUCCUUCAACUGUUCCUGCGAAAUCUGCAUAUUCAACCUUAACUUAUCCUGAUACAACUCCACUUACACUCAAAUCAAAGAGAAGAGAAUCAGUACAAUGGCAAAGAUCACCUAUUCCUAAUGAGGAGGGUGAUGUAGAUGAAUUGGGUGAAGAUAAUUGGAUGUUAAGUCCUGUUCCAGCUACGCCGGCUCCAGAAACCAUUAGUGCAUAUGCGGAAGAGGGAUUAUGGGGUGGUGAAACUCCAGGUGCUCAAACACCUUACUUCUUCAAGAAGGAUAAAUUGGUACAGAUGACAGCUCCGGGUGGGAAUAAAAAGUUUGUGAAUUUCGGAGAGGGUGAGAGUAGUGAAAGUGGAAAUCCGGGAGAUGGAUUAAGCUUCUUGAGAAAAGACAAGGAACAAAGUGUUAUGAUGAGAUUAAUGGCUGCCAGGAGGAAGAGUUUACAAUGGGCACCGAAGAUAGGAAGUCCACUUGCUAGGAGAUUUGAUGGUGGAUUGUGAAGCUGGAGUUGGACGAUUUAUGAAUCUGGAUGGGAGUUUGGGUUGCGGAUACAGGUGACCUUACUUGUUUGUGAUGUUGCUAUGGCUGCAUUGAUUGCAUUGAUGAUGAUAAGGAUAUAUUCUGUGGCAAUUGCAAUUCAUUGAUUCAUUAUUGACCCGAUUGUUUUAUUUGGUGCUUUGGUUUUAGGAGUGGGUUAAUUGUGAAUGGUGAAUGUUUGUUGCUUGCUUGAUUAAACCAAACCGUAGGUCGGUAUUUUUUGGAAAUAAAUGAGUUUUGGUAUAGAAAAGCCUUUGUCAAUG